AUGAGUCGUGAUAACCUAAUAACAAAACCAUUAUUAUCAGAUUCUAAGGAAUUAUCAUAUAGAAAUAAUAAUCACAAACUAAAUCGGGCAAAAUCCAUACCAAAUCGUAAUUCAAUAAUGAAUUAUAAUAAAAGAUCAAAACGUAAUGAAAAAAGAAAUAAACGAAAAAAUCAAUUCAAUCAUAUACGUUUACAUAGUUAUGAUGAAAGUAUAAAAGCUGAUCUUAAUGAUAAUUCAUAUUAUGAAGAUGGUGAAUUUGGUACUGAUAUUACAUAUUUACCAUUAAGUGAAUUUAAUAAUUCUAUUGAUCAAUUAAAGAUUUCAAAUAAGACAAUAGUCAGUAAUACUACUACUACGACGACGACGACAACCAUGACGAUGACGUCGACGAUGACGUCGACGACGACGUUGACUUCCACUACUACUGAUACUACUACCAAUAGUACUAACACUUAUAAUAAUAAUACAGAAGCUAGUAGAUUAACUGUAGAUGAAGAAGCUAGAAAAGAUCACUUUAAUUCUUCAUCAUUACCAAUAUUGUUACAUCCACCAUCACAAAUAGCACACCAAAAGUUAGAAACAACUUCAACAAUACAAUUACCAUCGCUAUCAUCAUUGUCAUCCUCAUCACCAUCAUCAACAUCACCAUCAUUGUCAUCAUCAUCCCCAUCAGGUUCAGUAAAACAAAUUAUCAAUCCAAAUCUCUUGAUAAACAAUCAUUCUAAUUUGAUAUUGAAUGAUGAUGUAGAUAAAAACAAAAUGAAUAAUUUUCAUUUAUUAAUUGAUUUUCAUAAAAGAUUAAAUAAACAAAAUAAACAAACAUUACAAAAUGAUCCUUUCCAUGAUCAACAAGAAUUAGCCUUGACAACAACACAAACAAAUUGGACAUUAUUAUUCCCUAAUGUAAAAAUAACAGAAAAUAAUCAUAAACAUGAUCAUAAUCAUAAUCAUUUAUUCAAUGAAUGUAUAACUGAUUAUAUAAAAUUGAAUGAUUCUCAAAAAGGAACAUAUCGAACUCCAGUCAUUCAUACUUCAGGUAGUAAUGACGUAAUAUUAAUAAACAAUGAAAAUCUACAAAACAAUCCCAUAGCAACAACAACAACUACUGCUACUACUACUACUAUUAAUUCAUUAAUCAAUAAUUAUUCUUUACAAAAACCAUAUACAUCCAAUAUUCAUUUUAAUACAAGUCGUUCAAAUAGUGGUCAAACGUUAAUGGAUCAAAAUAUUGAACCAAAAAAUGAUUAUCAUCAUCGAUCUAAAUUAAAUAGAUUAAAAAAAUCAAUAAAACGAAAACAUCGAUCUCAUUCAUUUAUUUAUCAACAAUCAAUGAAAUCAAUAUCGUCAUCGUCAUCAUCACCAUCAUUAUCAUCACCAUCAUCAUUAUCAUUAUCAUUAUCAUCUUCAUCGAAUUUAUGUUUUAUUAAUUCAUUAAAUCAUUGGUCAAAAUAUCAAUAUCGAAAACAUUGGUCAUUUACAUUUUAUGAUUUUGAAAAUGAACAAAAUUUAAAUGAGGAUGACACUGCAUUAGUACAUUCAGUUUUUGCUGUCGUAGCAGCUCGUCUACGAAAAAAACACAAUGGUUCAAAAGGUUUUAUUAAAAAAGUAUCAGAAUAUGAAAAAUUAGGUCAAAAUCACUAUGAUAAUAGUACUACUAAUAAUAGGAAUAUUCAUGAAAGUAAAUCAAAAUCACAUCAAACCAGUAAACAAAUACAUCAACAUAUCAAAUUGGCUAGUUAUACUUCAAAUGAUCUAACUAACCAAGCUAAAUAUAAAGAGAUGAACAAUAAUGAUGAACAACAAUCAUGGCAUUUAUGUAUUAAAUGGAAUCCAAAUCAUUUAUCAAAUCAAUCAACAUUUAAUUCUAUCAAUAUAAAUGAUCAAAACAAAACUCUUUCCAAUGAAACAACUCAUCAAUUGAAAUUAAAAAAAACACAUAUCCUUGCUACACUGGGUACAGAAAUUGAUAAAACUUCAUUAUGGAAUAAUAAUAAUAAUAAUAAUAAUAAUAAUAAUAAUAAUAAUUCCAUAGAUUCAUUAAUAUCAGCUAAUAUACAUGGAUUAGAUCAAAUAGAUCAGGAUCAUAAACGAUUAAAACAACAACAAAAUUAUACUCAAAACCAUUUCUUAUCACAAUCUAAAGAUCAUAUCAAUAGAAAAUCAAUAAUUUGUUCUAUUUGUCAACAUUUAAUAGAUCAUAAUUCUAAAGAUCCAAUUCUACCAUAUUUAGAUAAUAAUCAAUUCGCAAUCACUGAUCAAACUAUUGAUGAUCAAAAAUGUAAACAAAAAUAUAAACUUCAUAAGAAUUCAAAUAGUUUCUAUCAUCAUAAUCAUCAUCAUCAUCAUCAUUCUCUUCAUUAUCAUAAUCAUAUUAAAUAUAAACGAAAUAGUUAUUCUAUAUUACCUAAUCAUCAUCGUGAUGAUGAUGAUGAUGAUGAUGAUGAUCCUAGACAAGUUAAUAAUGAUGAUUGUUGUUCAAGACAAAUUUCAAAAAAUAUUGAUCAUAUUCAUAAUUAUGAUCAUGAUCAUGAUCAUGAUCAUGAUCGUGAUCAAUGUAAAUAUCGAUCAAAAAUAAUGAUGAAUUCAUUGGAUCAAACUAAUUCUACUACUAUGUUACAUUGUCAACAGUGUUUAUUUAAAAUGAAUAAAGGAUAUAUGAACCAAAGAUAUUUGAAUGGACAAUGUAAUAAUAAUAAUAAUAAUAAUAAUAAUAAUAAUACUGUAAAUGGUAAUUCAACUUCAACUAUGUUAUGUUGUAGUCAUUGUAACCAAUGGUUUAUUCCAUUAUGGAAUCAAGUACAUUAUUAUUCAAGAAAUAAACGAAAUAUUUCAAAAGAUGAUAAUUUAAGACAUAGAUCCUACAACCAUCACUAUUAUCAUCGUUCAUCAAGUCAACCACAAACUAAACAUGAAAGAAUAAUUCAAAAUCAUCUAUCUAAAAAUCAUCGAUGUAAUCAUAACGAUGGGUACAGGACAUCGUUAGAGCAAACAUUUAUGAAUAAUGAUACUAAUAAUAAUAUUCAAUGUUCAAAUAUACAACAUCGAAUACAAUUCAAUCAACAAUCAUGUAAAAGACAAUCAAAACACCGACAUAAACGUACUAGACGACGUGCUAAAUCAUACUUACCUAUUCAUCGUUUACUUUCAAAUGAUAUAAACAAUCAAAUAAAUGAUUCAUCAGCUAAAUCGAAUCAUUAUAAAUUAGAUUCAUAUAGAUCUCAAAAAGAACUAGAUCAUCAAUCUAUGAUGAAUAAAAAUGACAAAAUCAUUGUAGAUCCUUCAAAUGAUCCCAAUCAACGGUUGAUCCAUUUAAAACAGGAUCACAAAUUUAAACGUUAUAAUCGAAAAUAUUUAGGACAAUUAAAUGUUCAAGAAUGGUUAAAUAAAACAUUAACAAACAAUUAUUAAUCAAAUAAAAUCAAUAGAAUUCUGAUCAUUGAUUGAAAAGUAAUAAUCAUAAUAAUGUAAUUUCUCCAUUGUAAUAUAACGAUGGAUGCUUGUUUUAUAAUUUUUGUUGAACAAAAUUAAUUUAUAAUUUACAUACUAUUCAAUAUACUUUGUG